AUACUUCAUUUUUGUAAGACAGCUGCGCGCCCCACUGUAGCGUUUCAACUGUGCAAUUAUGGGGAAAGACGUUAAAUAACUCAAAACACGCAUGUUAGGUUUGCAAUUCGGUUUUGAAAUAUAAAAACGCAUAAAAACGUUUAUGCUGAUGAAAACCGAUCUUUUUUAACUGUAAAACGUGUCCUUUUUAAGAGUACUCGCCUGCCGUCUUGGAUCUCAAUGUCAAGUCGAACGAAGAGUCGGCAUUAAUUGACUUCCAGCUCCCCGCUUCGGAAAUCGACAGAUCCCCGCUGAAAACGCGAGUACGGGUGGCCUAGCCAGACAGUAGAAGUUGGAGGAACUGUCGAAGUUGUGUUUUAUCGUUUCUUUUAACAGAUAUUUUAUUUUUUCCCACGCUUACCGGAUGCUACUAAAAUUGUGAACCGGACCAACGCCAUGUCUCUAGUGGUGCCUUCCGCCUCCGCGCCGAUCCUGGACGACAGGCUGCCGGUGACCCACGCGACUCUCCUCCUCGCGCUGCUCCUACCCUGUGUCGUCCUGCUGCUUGUCCUGCACUGCAUCACUCUGCUCUUGAAGCUGCGGGGCUACCGGAGGAAAUGCCGCAGGCGACGGCGCCCCAGGAGCACCUCCUCACAGUCCUCGGACAGCGGCGUGCAGCAAGAUGAAGACUACAAAGUGUCCGAGACGCCGUCGUUUCCCAACCAUGAGAGCGUCCCACCACCUGGCCCGGGGCCUGGAGCUGGCCACGUACUGCCUGCGUCAGCGUUCAAUACCCUGCAACAGCCCCCCAGUCGCCAGUCCGGCGCAGCCGGGAGGACCUACAAACCGGACGGAACCGCCGGGGACGGCUCGGCAUCGUUCAGACCGCCCAGCACCAUCCUGGCCGCCAUGUCUACUACGGCGUCCACCACCAGAGCCGAACUGCCUCAACGAACCAGCGCGUACACCCACAGUUCAGCCGAAUGGCGACGUGUGCUCAUGCAGGGAAUCCCAAUAGGCUCAAGCGACUCAGAGGUGGAGCGGGCACAGAGGGUGCCGCCGAAUUCUCCGGCGGUCCCGCUGCCACUACCGCCACCGCCGCAUCGGGACAAACCUAAAAGAAGGGGUAUGCGCAGGAGCAGUACAAUGAGCCUGCAGAACGAGAGACAUAUUGUCAUCAUGAGUCCGGUAGACUCGAUUCGUUUUGAGUACGCAAGCAGCAUUCCUCACGAGGAGACGCAGUUCAUCAACUCGGGUAACGCGUCCACGCUGGGCCCGGGCUUGGACAGUGACUUCGGAGCUAGUGCAGGGAUUUCUUUACGUAUCUUAUCAUCGGACAGUGAAGGCUGUGCCAAUGCACUCUGGGCAUCAGGACUAGAAUGGGAUUACUAUGACCCAAACUAUAAGAAGCGCAACCACAUGAUAAAGCAGAUGCACCAUCAACUUCCCGUCGUCUGCACUAAACAGUACUGGGUGUAGCCGUGCGUGGAUCACAGGUGUUAUGUUGUGACAUUCUGCACUGUCACUUGGGACAAUGUGACACUUGAGGACCAGAAGAGCACACACACAGUUGGACCUACUCACACAAGCAGAAAUAUGAUGUCACUGAGAGGAUGUACAAUACGUUAGGAAUAACAAUGGAGUAUUUGUUUUUGCCGGCACUGUUCUUUUUCAGUCACUUGAAGUUUUGAUUUAUUCUGUAACUAUCUGAUUGUGUGUUCGCAGUCACAGGUUUGCAUUUCUUUUCACAGUUUUCUGUUUAUUUCAUACGAGUACAAAUAUUUUCCUUUUGUGCCACUCACUUUAGUUGUAUAGCAAAACAGAUCUGCGAGAUUUUCAGUAUUAAGAAUUUUUUGUUGAGCACAAAAAAAAAAAUAGGAUUUAAAUUGCAUAAAACGUCACGGUUUUAUUUUCAGAAAAUUGGCAAAAGCAGUGAUAAUUUA